AUGGAGAACAGGACAGAGGUGACUGAGUUCCUCCUCCUGGGACUGACCGAUGACCCACACCUGCAGGUUCCCCUCUUCAUCACCUUCCUCCUCAUCUACACCAUCACUGUGGCUGGGAACCUGGGGAUGCUCCUGCUGAUCCUCCUGGACACUCGUCUGCACACUCCCAUGUACUUUUUCCUGGGUAAUCUUUCUCUGGUGGACUUUGGAUACUCCUCAGUUGUCACUCCCUCAGUCAUGGGUGGGCUCCUGACAGGAAACAAGGUCAUUUCCUACAAUGCCUGUGCUGCUCAGAUGUUCCUGUUUGCAGCCCUCAUUGGUGUGGAAAACUAUCUCUUGACUACAAUGGCCUAUGACCGCUAUGCAGCAGUGUGUAAACCCCUGCACUACACCACCAUCAUGACCACAAAUGUGUGUGUAGGUCUCCUCAUAGGCUGCUAUGUCAGCUCCUUCCUGAAUGCCUGCAUUCAUGUUGCCAACAUAUUCAGCCUUUCCUUUUGCAGCUCCAAUGUGGUCCAUCACUUUUUCUGUGAUGGUCCAGCAGUCAUGGCUCUCUCCUGCUCUGACAAAAAAGUUACUGAGCUGGUUCUUGUUUAUCUUAUGAGCUUUCAUAUCUGUUUUGCCAUCCUGGUUAUUACAACAUCCUACAUCUUCAUUUUUGGCACCAUUCUAAGGAUGCGCUCAGCUGCAGGACAUCACAAGGCUCUGUCCACCUGUGCCUCCCACUUCACUGCUGUCUCCAUCUUCUAUGGGACUACGAUGUCCAUGUAUCUACAGCCCACAUCCAGUCACUCCAUGGACACUGAUAAAAUCGCCUCUGUGUUCUACACCAUGGUGAUCCCCAUGCUGAACCCUAUGGUCUACAGCCUGAGGAGCAAGGAGGUCAAGAGCGCCUUGAAGAGUUUAAUCCUGCAGGAACACAUCUAG